AUGGCCAACAAGCACAAAAGACGAUCUCGUCCAUCGGAUUUUGAGAAUACCCCUCGGACCGUCGAGGUCACCCACGAUUGGGAGAAAUCAGAUGAAGAGCUGGAACUUGAAGAAGCCCUGUUUGGGACCAGUAAGAAACAAUCAAAGGCAAAGUCGAAGACUAAGAAGGGAUCAGACUUCCAAGUGGACACGGCUGGUGAUGAUGAGGAGGAAGGGUUGAGCGAUGUGGAUGAUAACGAUUUGUUCACUAUUGAUGCACCUAUCGCGUCGAAUUACCAAAUCGACCAGCUGCCAGAUGAUCAAGCUUCCUCGGAUUCUGAUGAAGAUGAAGGAUCAAGUAGUGAUAUUUCGAGUGAUAGCUCAAGCGAUGAAGAAGGGGAGAACGAAUUCCGUGCUAUGUCGCCUUCCUCUUCUCGAUCAUCAUCACCUUCUGAGGACGACCAGGACCAAGACCGACCAGGGAAGAAUGAACCUACUAUAACCUUACCUGAUGAUAUAUAUGAUAUUCAAGAAGAAGAGGAGAAAUUACGAUCGAAAAAGCAAAAAGCGAUAUGGAACGAUCCUUCCGAUGAGCUCGUCAGUGUGGACAUAAGUGAGAAUAGGAGAUUGAGAAAGUUAGAUAGAGGAAAGAAGAGGAAGAUUGAUGGUGGAUCUGAGAACGAGAAGGUCAAUGGGAGGGAGUUGCAGGACAAGUUGAGAGAGCAAUUCGAGCGUCUCCAUCCACCACCUCAAUGGGCAAAACAACGCACGUCCAUCGGCACACCCUCCCUAUCAUCACUCUUAACAUCAACCAAAUCAUUUAUCGCCCCCUCCAUAGCAAUCGACGGUCAGAAACGACCUCCUCUCCCACAGGGGAACAUAGAUUUACAGAGGGUCCGAAAUGCCAAUCAGCAGAAUCCCACGACUGGUAAGAGGGAGGCGGCGGAUUCGAAUGGAGGGAUAGUGGAUAUCGCUUGGCACCCUUCUGAGAGGGUUGGUGUGAUGGCUGUUGCGGGAGGUGAUAGGAGAGUAAGGUUUUUCAAUAUCGACGGACACACCAACCCGACCCUCAUGACACUUCAUAUCCCCUCCUUACCCAUCUCUCGCUCGACAUUCCAUCCAUCAGGUUCAUCCCUCCUGUUAGUUGGUAAUCGACCAUACUACUACACCUACGACUUAACCUCUCAACGAUGUCUCCGAUCGUCCAAGACCCUCUUCGGAUCGAUGGACACACCCUCUUCACCUAAUACAUUACAUCGUCAUGCGUUUUCACCCGACGGCACUCUCCUCGCUGUGGCUGGUAGACGAGGACUGAUAUCAAUUCAUGAUUGGCCUUCGGGAGGUGUCGUAGCUGAACUACGAUCGGGAAGAGGAGGUUCAACGGCCGAUUUGACGUGGAGUCAGAAUGGGCGAGAGUUGAAUGUCUUGGGUGGAAGGGAUGGAGCAGAGGUGGAAGUUUGGGAUGUAGCUGAAAGAAGGAUGGUGAGGCGUUGGAGGGAUGAUAGAGCUCUGGGAGGAACGUUGAUGCGAAAUAGUAGGGAUGGAAAUUAUACUGCUAUCGGUUCGACAACAGGUAUUGUCAAUAUUUACAAUUCGACUUCCCUCGCAUCGCCUUCGACAUCAACCAGCAAAUUCACGGAAUUCUCACCUGAACCGUACAAAUCUUUGGAACAAUUGACGACCUCCAUAACCAGUAUGGCUUUCCACCCUUCCAACGAGGUAUUGGUCAAUGCCAGUAAAGCUAAGAAGGAUCUGUUGAGAAUGUACCAUCUCCCAUCCGGUACGGCUUUCUCCAAUUGGCCAACACCCGCUACACCCCUAGGUCGAAUUACUUCUGUUGGAUUUUCACCCAGCGGUGAUUACCUCAGUGUAGGUAAUCAGAAAGGUACAGUUUUAUUAUGGUCUUUGAGACAUUAUACAUCGUAG